AUGUCUUUCAACACCGAUAUCUCGAGCAAAUUGGAGAAGAGCAGGAACACCCUGCGCAAAAUUGCCCGCCACGAUGAUACUGAGUUCUCAAAGCAGAGCAUACUGAAUGACAUGGAGAAAUUUGUUAAAAUGGUGAAUGUCAUGGAUGAGACCGUGCUCGUGCCCAGCCGUCUGAUGAACUUGCCCCAGGAGGGUGAUGAUGACCCUUUCAACAUGUUCGCCAUGCUGAAUGAUUUAAAGACUGAGCUGCUCUGGUCUAGUGGUGACUCUGAGGAGCACGACAGGCGGGUAGAGCGGGGCAGGCGAGUGUCAGACCUGAGUGACACUGAAAGUGAUGCAUCUAGUGCUGCUGGCGAUUCUGGUAUCGAGGGAGAGGACGAGAGGGAAUCGGCCGCGCGGUCUGCCGCUGCCUGCCGGCGACACCUGCGUGGUCUGCGCCGAUCCCUCCGCUCGCUCACCGCCGCCGCAGCUCACCUUACGAGAUCUUACCAGGAAGAAGUUGGUGCACCGGUUUAA